AUGCUGACUGCUCUGGGAUCAAUGGGAGAGAACUACCCGGUGUUGAGGCCUAAGGACUCUGUCGCCGAGAAGAUGGCGAUGUCCAAGAUACAUAUUUCCAAGAAGUGGAAGCUGCCCCCGUUGCGUCCGAAAGGGAGCCACGAAAGAGCCAAGCCGUCCCCUUCCAUGGAUGCGGGCGCGAAAGUAUCCCCUGCGGGCGACUCGCCAACUGGUGAGGACUCGAAGCAUAUGUCGGGGCCCAAUCGGAAACGGUUGCAGAAUAGGGAAGCGCAGCGGGCGUACAGGGAGCGCAGCAGGAACAAGCUCCAGACGCUGGAGGACAAUGUGGAGACUUUGCAAGGGAUGGUGAAGAUGUGGCAGAGCAAGUACAAGCAACUGGCUAGUGAGUUUGAUCAGUACAAGCAGAGUUCUAACGAGAAGAUUGUGGAGCUGGAAAAGACGAUCUCUGAGUCGAAGGAGGAUUCCAAAUGCUACAUUUGCAUGAAGAACGUUGAUCUGGAUGGUCUGAAGGAGAACGCCAGGAACGAGGACAUAAAACCUUUCUUCCAGGACGAAUUCUUGAGCAACGCAAUAAAGAACUUUCAGCCUAUGGAGGCCGUGUCAUUGAAACGUAAACAAGAAAAGAACUCGAGCUCACCUUCAAUUACUCCGAGGUCUUCAACUACUUCUUUUGCCGCUGUAUUAAAUGACGUAGAUAAGGGGAAUUGUGGGUUCUGUAAUGAUAAUACUGCAUGUGUAUGUCGCGAUAUUACAAGCACUUUAAGUGCGAAGCCUCCACAACGGAGAAGUGAUAUUUUGUUGGACACUAUGUCAAAGUCGGGCCUAUCAACAGAAUCCAUUAAGUCAAACUAUGCAGUAUCAGCACUACGAUCAACGCAUUGUUCUGAGAAUCCAUCCAAGUGUACAAAAUGCUCUGAUAUAGACACUUCUUGUUUGAAAUCAGUACCAGCAGAUAAUAAAAGGAGCUCUAUUUACAUGGAAGAACUACCAAUGGAGUUUGAAGUCAACUUAAAUGAUCUAUUCCCCUCCCCGAAAAGACAAAGAACAUAG